CAGGGUCCUCCUGGCACUGGAAAAACAACUAGCAUUUUGUGCCUGGCCCGUGCAUUGUUGGGGCCAGCACUUAAAGAUGCUGUCCUGGAGCUGAAUGCCUCUAAUGACAGAGGUAUUGAUGUUGUGAGAAACAAAAUCAAAAUGUUCGCUCAACAGAAAGUGACUUUGCCCAAAGGUCGUCACAAGGUUAUUAUUUUGGAUGAAGCAGAUAGCAUGACAGACGGAGCUCAGCAAGCCUUGAGAAGGACUAUGGAGAUCUAUUCCAAAACAACAAGAUUUGCCUUAGCUUGUAAUGCCUCUGAUAAAAUAAUAGUUAAACAAGUUUGUAUUGAACCAAAUCAUUUGCCAUAUGUGGAAUACUGCGCAUCUCUGGCCUUCUCCUUCAUUUUUUCUGUCUUUUUUUUUUUUCAGGCUUUAAACAACGUACAGUCAACCCAUUCUGGUUUUGGCUUUGUUAAUAGUGAAAAUGUAUUUAAGGUUUGUGAUGAGCCUCAUCCUCUCCUUGUCAAAGAAAUGAUACAGCACUGUGUGAAUGCCAAUAUUGAUGAGGCAUACAAGGUAAUUGCCCACCUCUGGAAGCUUGGAUACUCACCAGAAGACAUAAUUGGCAACAUUUUUAGAGUGUGCAAGACCUUUCAAAUGGCAGAGUAUCUCAAAUUGGAAUUCAUUAAGGAGAUUGGCUACACACACAUGAGGAUUACAGAAGGUGUAAACUCACUACUGCAGAUGGCUGGACUUCUUGCUAGACUCUGCCAAAAGACGGCAGCUCCUGCGGCCAGUUGAAAAAGCUUUCUUUUCCCAACUAGGACUACAGAGGAAGACAUAAAAUGCUAGAACUUUUUGCCUGAAGUCCAAUACAACAAACCUCUCACCUGUAGCUGGGGAUCUGUAUUUGCUCAUUGCAUUGAAGUUAAUUCUAUCUAACUGUCAAUGCCAUGUGCAGAAUUCUUGGCAUAAGUGCUGGCAUUUCAUUUUUGUUUGGGUUGCUUAUACUGUCCCAUUGUCCCUGAAGUGUUUAACUUUCCUUUGGGCGAGUAAUAACUUCUCAUUAAAACUUCUUUAUUUCUAGGUAAGACUGCCAUGUCAUCCAUGCAUCCAUUGUCACCGAUUUAUUUGCACAGCUGUACAGUUUCAUGGAAUAACAAGAUGUACCACUCUGUAAUUUGUUUCUGCUAAAUAUAUUUUUAAUGUGUACAGACAGUUAAUUGUGCAGGUAAAUAUGAGCAAUAACACAUAGAAACCUAUGGUUUUUGUUUUGCUGUAUUGGAACAUUAAUAUCUUAGUUUGAAGUGAGGCCUCUGCAAAUGUAUUCUGCUUAUAAUACUCUGGCUCUUAAUUUCCAUUAGUUUUCUUCUUUGGAAUUCCAAUUUUGAUGUCCGAUAUUCUCUAGGUAUCAUUUUUCUAAUGGGUAGUCCAUUCUGUGCUCUUCUGGUUGAAGUGAGCUUAGAUUUCAGGAAGUACGUUUUUAAUGUUUAUUAAAAAAAAUAUUUCCUGCUUGUGAAUUUAGAUGUCCCAUCAUUUGCUGAAUAUGCCCAUAUAGUUACCAGUUGAUCAUAUCUGGAUUCUUGCCAACAUUCUGUGGUACCCUCCUUUUCAUUGGAUUAUUGUCUGUGGUGUAGGAAGCUCGUUUCCUAUACAAAGGCCUCUGUGAGUGAAACCUUUGAGUCGUCCCUUUGUGAGAAGACAAAAUAAUUUUUAGAGAGGAAACAUUUGAAGUAUUUACCUCCAAAGAAUUUGCUGUUCCUUCUUCCAUCCAAGACCAUGUCAUGAAAAGAGUGGGUUAGUUACAAUAAUUUACUCCUUCAGUCUUGUCCAGAACCCAUAAGUCCAAAUCAUGUGGUGAUAGUACAUGCAUAAUCUGUAUAUCAUAAGAACCUUACUUGAUCUAACGUACCAAACAUCCUGCCACCUAAGGACUCUGCUUUCCAAAGGGAAGCUUUCUAAAGGUAUUGAAUGUUUGUCUGCCUGCACCCAAAAUUCUAAUCUCCCCAUAUUCCCACUUGUAUAUAUGUUAUCCUUUUUCAGUAUUAGCUUAUAAGGUGUAUUCCUAAUUUAAAUUGCAUGAUGUCUGCUUGGCUUACUAAUUGCCUUUUCCCAUUUCAUUUAGUAAGUGGGACAAGAAGUUUUUAUUGGUAAGGCAAAAGCUAUGGAAAUAUUUCUCAAGGACAAAUUUUACUUGGCAGUACUUUUUUGCACUCUCUUCUUCCAGAAAACUUCAGUUUCUUUACUGACCCAGUCUGACCUGGAAGCACUUUGUAAUUUAAAAUAGCUGCUAUGGAAAACUUAAUAGCCAUUGCAGACACAUCCUUGAAAUUUAUGCUUCUUAUAGUAGACCUCUAUAUGUCUUUUGAUAGACUUGGUAUCUGAGAAAUCAGUGUGUUUCAUCCUCAAGGUUGAUAAUUCUUUUAAGUUUGAAACUUUUCAUCCUUUCAUUCGUUUCUAAGCUGAAAUUGGAGUCGUUUUUUUUUUGGUACUGACUAGGCCACUUCUAACAGACUGCAAAUUUUGCGCUUUGGCUAGGGAAGAGAAGGCAGUAAAAUGCCAACAAGUGGUUUGACAGAUUGAUACAAGAAAUGUAUCAUCUUUUGCCACCUAAAUUCAACAAGGCUGUUGAUGGCGUGAGUUGUCGGAGCCUGCUCAAUCUCUGGUCCUUGUUGGAGCUAUUUAGACCUUGACGCUCACAUUUCUGAAAAAUUACAAGUUUGAUAUAAUUUUACGAAUCAAGCUGUUCUUUAAAAAUGCAGUAUUAUAGCAAUUAAUGAUACAACAGGACUAAUUAUGCAGGAAUCUGAGGCUUAAAAAGGUGGUAGGUGGUGCUCAUCCCUGUUUGGAUUGCUGUGUCCACAGAAGCCGAUUUUUCCUUUAUACUGUAGGAAGGGUAUGUCACAGCAACUUCCUUAAAAUAAGAUGCAUCACUUAUGCAGGAUACCCUCUAAAACAGUGGAUCUUCAGAAGUAGGUCAUGCAACAGAUACUUUGGAAUUACCGCCACCUGCCCUCCCCCUCCUUUGAUUUAAUGAGCAGAUUGUACUUGAUGGAAGCUCAUCUUGGAAUUAAGUUACUGGUUUCUGAUUUGAAGGAUGGAGUUUGAAAAUGUAGAUUUGAUGAAAAGAAAUUGGAGUGCAACACUCGAAAGAUUGUCCAGUAUGUACCUGCACAGGGGAAAGAAAUAAAUUAGAGGGGUGGUCCCAGGAAGAAGACUACUGGGAAAACCUAAGAACCAGAAACUCUUGCUGGAACAGUACCUUCUGCAACAGUGAAUGUAUACACCAACAAAAGUCCUCACCAUCAAAUCAUUUUAAAGCCAUACUUUCGAAAAAAACAAAUAUAGAAGUAGGAUCUGCUGCAGUAAGAGAUUAUUGUUAUGGUGGUUACUUCACCUAAUGUGUAUAAUACAACUGGCAAUAUUUGUGCUUUAAUUAUUAUGGGAAGUACAGUGCGUUUCAUCAGCAGUUGUUUCCUAUAAAAUGCAUUUCAUUUUGUGCAAAUGAAGUCAACUGUAUUGUGUUCCAUUAACUUCUGCACAUAAUCAAGUAUGACAGCUGAAACCAGUUUUAAGUGGAAUGAAUCCCUCAAGUACAUAUUGGGAAUGUAUCUUAUUCUGUUAAUUUAUCAGAAGUCUAAGACAUUGUUCUAGAUGAAAAGUGCUUAAUUUAACUAAUAAAUUACCCGUGGACUGUU